AUGCAACCGCUCUUUCCUCAAGCUGAAAGCUUGUUGUAUGGAUUAAAUAAUAAUGCAGUGGAAAGUUUCAAUAACAUAAUUGCGAAAUUCAUCGGUGGCAAAAGAAUAAACUUUGGACGCAAGGGCUCGUAUCAAGGUAGAGUCUCUGCUGCUGUUCUUCAUUACAAUUCAAGAGAGUCGUUCAGCCGAUUAAGUAUUGCUAUGAAUAAGGAACCGACAGCCAUCGUACAAAAUAUGGAACAACGACGUAAGCAUGCAUCGCAAAUGGCAGCGAAAUAUAAGGAAAAAGCCAAAGCAUCUCGAUACGAAAAGCAAUCGUGCGACAAAGAUUACGGCCCCACGGCAGAAAAACCAGACAUGGAAGAAACAGUAUUCUCUUCUGAGUGUGAGAAGCACAUGCUUACACUCCUUCAGUGGCAAACGAUGCGACAUAAAAUUGAAGCAGAAACUCGCGAUCAGGCCAAGAGCGAAAAAUGGACAGCCUAUCGAAAAAAAUUAUUCACUGCGUCACAUUUCGGCAAGGUAUGCCGAUUGAGACAGAAUACACCAAGAGCAAGUGCCAUAAAGAAUAUAAUGUAUCCGCAAAUUCAAUAUUUGCGUUCCCUUGAAUAUGGAAGAGAAAACGAGGCAAAUGCCUUGAGACAAUUGGAAACGGAACUGGGAAUCCAUAUUCUGCCGUGUGGUCUAUUCAUCGAUGCUAUUGUGCCUUAUUUAGGUGCAAUUCCUGACGGCCUCGUGAACUAUGAUACUAUCGUCGAAGUGAAAUGCUCUGAAUCGGCGAAGGAUUUAUCGCCUGCUGAAGCAAUAAAGCAACUUCCUGCAAUACGGCGUAUUUUCCGGGGUGAUGAAAUGAAUAAAAUUCAUCACUACUAUUAUCAAGUGCAAGGACAGUUGCACAUAACGAAUAGACAAUGUGCUCUAUUCUGUUUAUGGACAAAGAAAGGAAUAAAAAUUACAAAAGUACAAAGAGACGACAGAUUCUGGGCAACAGAAAUAGAGCAAAAACUGAAAAGGUUUUAUGAAGACUCCAUGUUGCCAAAAAUUAUAGACAGUAGAUUUAAUCGGCAGCAACCUAUUAGAGAGCCUGCAUACAUAAAACAGAGCAACAAUACAUGUAGCAGUACACAAGAAAGUACAUGUGACGAUGUACAUAAAAAUCAGAAUUGCACCGACGAGUGCACACAGUUCAUAUGAUGAGGUAUACAAUAAACGAUUGCAAUCUAAGGUCGCAAUGCACCUGCUGGUGCACAAAGCUCAUAUGAUGAGCUGUUCUAUAGUCUAUUGCGACUGCACCGUCGAGUACCCACAGCUCAUACGAUGAGCUGUUCUACAGUCUAUUGAGACUACACUCGGCGGUGCACACACCAUACAUGAUGAGGUGUAUAAUAAUAUCUUUGACGGGGGUGGUGGUGGAUCUCUUCACACUCUCCUAUUAAUUUUUACUUUCAGCUACUUGUUUAUUUUAUCGGAAGGGAAAACAAUUUAUAAUCUGAGAGGAAACGGGAACACACGUGUAUAAAAAGGUAAGUACAAUGCUUCUAUUUUUAUUACCUGUACGUGAAUUCAUUUAUAAUCAUUAUCAUGUUGUAUUUAUUUAUUUAGGAGUAAAGGAUUACAAUCGAAGAUCGCAAUUGCACCUGCGAGUGCACACAGCGCAUAUGAAGAGCUGUCCAAUAACGUUCAAAGGCGUAAGUAUACAAAUGCACAAAAGUACAGAUGUGGAGAGUGAAGAGGACUGUCUUUGACGGGGGUGGUGGUGGGUCUUUUCACACUCUCCUAUUAAUUUUUACUUUCAGCUGCUUUUCCUUACUUUGCAAGGGAAGAGAACAAUUCUUUCAUAUCAAAUGGAAAUGAUAUUGUUGCGCCGGGGAGUGGAGCUCACACUUUCCAUCGUAAAUUAAAUAGAGACGAAGCAAACUAGACUGUCUAUAUUUUGAUUACAAAGGAGUUCUUAAGCAAUAGAUCCGUACAGGUCGGGUUCCCGAUACAUUGACUAAAGCAUCCGAUGACGUGUUUCCGCUCGAAACAUGGAAUAGCUUCACAUCAUGAUUCGUUGACAGCUUCGGACGGGGCAGUCGAUGGCUCUUUCGAUACAUCAAGAAGCAGUCGAUGCAUAGAAAGAGCGGAAACUUCUCACCGUCGCAACAUUGCUCCCCUCCUUCAAUAAGCGGUCGUCCCGACCGCCACUAUCUUCAUUCUUAUGACCAUCUUGAUGUAAAGCCGCUCAUCGAGCCAAUUCAAGCUAUGGUUUCUAACCUCGUGCUGUCAGUCUCUCAUGGCUGCUAACCUCUUCUCUAAUACCUCUGCCUGAAAGGAGGUAAAAACCAAAGACGUAACAUUUACCUAAGUGGCCCCAACAGGCAGCUAACGUCUUGACAUUUGUCCUUCGUCCCAGGGGAAAACCACUCAAAAACCCUGAGCAAGACGCCGGUUCAGUGUGCACAGGUCAUCUUAGAAUGCGCUCAAAUUUUCUAAUUCUUCUUAGCAUACUUCUUUGUUUCUAAUUCUUCUUAGCAUUCUUCUUUCUUCGAGGAGGUCCUGACUGUUCUUCGUCCUUCCUCUUGAUUCCCAGGGCCUUCACCCCUUCCUCUCAAAGUCUUCUCGGAUGAAGAAACCCCCAGUCCGACGGGUCCACUCUACCGGGGGAUGCUCCCCAGCCAUCAAGCAAAAUCUUUCCUCGAUGGUCUGGUGGUCCGGAGCAUUCCACAACUACGCAGUCCGAUGACCAGAACCCAAGAAGCAGUCGAUGCAUAGAAAGAGCGGAAACUUCUCACCGUCGCAACAAUAUGUAUGUCAGCAUAAGUAUGACACUUAUACUUUUAGCGGACAAAAUGCAUUCGCGGAAUCGAAGCAUUUUUAGGCCACUAAAAUAGUGCUGUGAUUGAAAUCAUGCGUCGGCCGGUCCUUCCACGGAAGAAUGAGUGCAAUAAAGAAUGAACGCGAUUCGAUCUGAAUGAUAUGAAGCGGUUUGAAUGGGAAUAGAAAGCGAGGUUUGCGUGACAACCACUGGGAUUUUGAAGACGUCGACCAACGUUCAAGAACGUUCGAGACAACGGUCGACAGGGAUCAUAAACACGUGUUGUCGCGAAUAGGCAACAAAAACUGCCAAGCGUUUAUAAGAAAUAUUCUGAAACAAUUAAUAUAUAUAUUCAAUACGCGUAAAUCUUCGUUAGAAAAGCGAAUGAAAUGCUCCCAUAAUUUAUUAAAAGUAAAACACCGUAUCCCUUGUCACGAAACCUGGAAAAUGCGUGUAAUAUGCGUGGAAAACUGUAAUAUAACGAACAUCCGUUAUGAAAUACUUCGAACGAACAAAAAACUAAAUAAAAUGGUUGUCGACACCAGUUUGUAGAAGCUUCAUUAAUUAAUCUGGAAAAUGAAUAAAUUCAAAUAGAAGCCAUUGCGAAGAUUCCAGAAAGUAUAGAAAUUGCGACGCAUAGAAUUCAUGUAGCGCUGUAGGGGUAAAAGAAAGAAAGUCGACGUUAGACAGAGUCGGAACGAAGGUCAAGGAGGGAUGAGAACUCGGGAAACGCGCCUGGUCAAAACCAAUGCGUGCGGGCUUUCCCCUUCGACACGUACUCUGAUUUGCCAAAUGAUGUCCCCACUUUGGGCCCUUGAUCGCGGGUCGAACCCUGAGACACGAUCGCUAGACUGAGGCAAAUCACUCUUCGUCGAAAAAUCGUAAGAUUUCUAGACCACAACCACCACAGGUUUCGUAUGCGAUCAACAUUUGCAAAUAUCAUAUAUAAAAUAUACUACAACGAAUUGGUGAAUUGCACAGUCUAUACUUUAACACAGCGAAUCUGGUGUCGAGUGAGGCAAAACGGCGAACUACGAGACUGCUAGUCGUGGAAGUAUCCCACUAGAUCGUUCCGUUCCACAUUUUCAAGGUAUCUAAAAGAUUUCUUAGUUAACUAAAAUUCCCAAAUACGCGCAAACGAAGACGGCCCACGAGACAGUUUGUCUUGGAAGUAUCCAACUGGGACCGUCUCUUCGUUUUUCUUUCGCUCUCGAAUCAUUGUAAAACACCGAAGUUCGAAUCAUCAUUAUUGCAAAUAAUUCUAUUAUUUUCCUGUCAAUUUCUCGUUAAAGUUCAUUACAUUUAAAUUUCAUAUAUCUUUUCUAAUUUAAUAACCGUUCUAACAUAUACUAAUUUCUUUUUCCAUAUAUUUCAUACAGCUCGAACAUUUUGUUAAUCAAACCAUUUUGUUGUAAUUAUUUUUCCGAAAUUAUACACAUGUUACCCAUAUUUGAUUUCUAGUAAUUUGCGUUAAAACACCCUUUUCAUUUUCCUUUAUUAACACGCCUAAUUUCUUGCACGAAUUCACACGAGAGGCCUGUAUGGGACCAGAGCAUUGACGAACUCAAACAAUCCGGAAUCUUAAUUCGAUUUAACUUGAUUUAAUUUGAUUCUUUUUAAAUUGUUCUAAUCAUGGUUGACCCAAUAUCGUCAAAUACAGUUAGGACUGGUGGCAGCGUUAAUACCGUUUCAAUCACGUAUUAAUACCAAUUAACUAAAAACGUUCACACUCACGUUUUCGUUCGUUUUUUUUAAAAUUAAUUUUAUGCGUCGCGCGCGCGCCGCAUCGCUCGUUCGCGACGUAACAAUAUGUUUUGACUAAUAAAUAAACCAUAUAAAAAUAUAUAUAAUUGUUGCUCGGAGUGCCGAGAGAUGUGAAAACCAGACUAAUGUUAAUAAUUUUAAUUUACAAAUUAUGAAAUUUCAAUUUUUGAUACUACAAUUAAUUUGAAAAUUCAAAAAAAACCACUGUUAUUUCAUAGUUUUAAGUUUUCACUUUUGUCGACAGUCCCCAUGACUAUUAUGUUUUUUUAUUUUCUUCGUUAAAUGCUUGUAAAUUAUCCAUGCAUUUACUACUGCUGAACCUAAUAUUAGUUCGAUAGCAAGUUUUCUGUACCAUUUCACACCCUUGCGGAGGGUUGUGCAAUAUGAAGCCAUUUGAUCGGACAGAUCAGUGCCAGCUUUCGCUUUAUUAUAAGCCAGUAUUGCUAUUGGUUUUGU